UUAUCAUCUCUUCAUCUGCGUGAAAACUAUCUCACUGGUUCUAUUGAAGUUCCUAACUCCUCUAGCUCAUCUAGGCUCGAGUUCAUGUACCUUGGGAAUAACCAUUUUGAAGGACAGAUCCUAGAGCCUAUCUCAAAGCUCAUCAACCUCAAGGAGCUCGACAUUUCUUUCCUAAACACAAGCUACCCAAUUGACUUAAACCUCUUCUCCUCUCUCAAAUCUUUGGUGAGGCUUGUUCUUUCCGGUAACAGUUUAUUGGCUACUAGUAUAAGUUCAGAUUCCAAGAUCCCACUGAACUUGGAGGAUUUGGUCUUGUUGAGUUGUGGUCUCAUUGAGUUCCCAACCAUCUUAAAGAACCUUAAGAAAUUGGAGUAUAUAGACCUUUCCAACAAUAAAAUAAAAGGGAAAGUCCCUGAGUGGUUGUGGAACCUUCCUCGUCUGGGCAGAGUGAAUCUUUUAAACAAUUUGUUCACUGAUUUAGAAGGUUCGGCGGAAGUUUUACUGAAUUCAUCGGUGAGGUUUUUAGAUUUGGGUUAUAACCAUUUUAGAGGACCAUUUCCAAAACCACCACUCUCUAUCAACCUCUUAUCUGCAUGGAACAAUAGUUUCACAGGAAACAUACCUCUUGAAACCUGCAACCGAAGCUCUCUUGCUGUUCUUGACCUAUCCUACAACAACUUAACUGGUCCAAUUCCUCGUUGUUUGAGUAAUUUCCAAGAGUCUCUCAUUGUAGUGAACCUCCGGAAGAACAACUUGGAAGGAAGUCUUCCAGAUAUAUUCUCUGAUGGUGCCUUGCUUCGGACACUUGACGUUGGCUACAAUCAACUAACCGGGAAGCCAAGGUCUCUUCUGAAUUGCUCUAUGCUAAGGUAUGUAAGCGUAGACCACAACAGAAUCAAAGACACAUUUCCUUUCUGGCUUAAGGCUUUACCUGAUUUACAAGCUCUUACCCUCCGUUCAAACAAUUUCCAUGGCCCUAUCUAUACUCCUGAUCGAGGUCCUCUUGCGUUUCCCAAGCUGCGCAUACUUGAAAUAGCAGAUAACAACCUUAUAGGAAGCUUGCCACCAAAUUACUUUGUGAAUUGGGAAGCAUCAUCACUCCACAUGAAUGAAGAUGGGAGAAUCUAUAUGGGUGACUACAACAAUCCUUACUAUAUAUAUGAAGAUACAGUGGAUUUGCAAUACAAAGGUCUAUUCAUGGAGCAAGGAAAGGUCCUUACUUCCUAUGCCACCAUUGAUUUUUCUGGGAACAAACUUGAAGGACAGAUUCCCGAAUCCAUUGGUCAUUUGAAGGCAUUGAUUGCACUCAACUUAUCAAACAACGCAUUCACAGGCCAUAUUCCUCCAUCUUUGGCAAACGUGACAGAGCUGGAGUCACUAGACCUCUCAAGAAACCAACUGUCCGGGAAUAUUCCUAAAGGACUCGGGAGCCUCUCGUUUUUGGCGUACAUAAGUGUGGCCCACAACCAACUCACAGGUGAAAUACCGCAAGGGACACAAAUCACUGGGCAAUCUAAAUCCUCCUUUGAAGGGAAUGCAGGGCUUUGUGGUCUUCCUUUGGAGGAGACUUGCUUUGGGAGUAAUGCGCCACCAACACAACAGCCUAAGGAAGAAGACGAAGAAGAGGAACAAGUGUUAAACUGGAAAGCAAUGCUUAUAGGGUAUGGGCCUGGACUGCUGUUCGGGUUGGUAAUAGCACACGUUAUUGCUUCAUACAAGCCGAAGUGGUCGGAGAAGCGCAAGGAAGUCAAUCCAGUUAGAUUGUUUAUGACUUUGGAUUCAAGAUGGGAUAGUUUUAAUAAUAAAAAUAACGUAGAACAAAAAAGUGAUAUGUAAAUGUAGUAUGUGGAUAUAUUGUUACCUGAUGUAAGAAAGAGGUUUUACUAGUUAGUUUCUGUAACUUUUGGUUCCCUUAAAUAAGAUCUCUGUUUGGCUGAUAAUGUCCUGAUGUAUGUCUUGAUAUAUUGGUUGAGAAAGAGGCUUAUGAUAUACUGUUUUGGUU